AUGAACAGCAUAUUAUUACGGUAUGCCAAAUAUGGCACCCCCAGCUCAACUAUCGAAGUAGCAAGACAAGCCCUCAACUCCAAACUGUCAGCUAAUCAAAUUCUACUGAAAUUUCUUGCAGCCCCUAUAAACCCGUCCGACUACAACCAAAUAGAGGGGAAAUACCCGAUAAAACCUGAGCUACCCGCUGUUGGAGGGAACGAAGGUUCUGCAACUGUGUUGGAAGUCGGCAGCAAUAUAAAGAGUGUGAGUCCUGGAGACACUGUUAUUCCUGCGUAUGCAGGGUUUGGAACCUGGAGAUCACACUGUGUCACAGAUGAAGGGUCUGUCAAGAAGAUCCCAGACAAUUUGUCUGCUGCAGCGUCUGCCAUGUUAGCAGUGAACCCUUGCACAGCGUAUAGAAUGAUCGAGGAUUUUCAGAAGCCACCAAAAGGAGGCUGGAUUAUACAGAACGGCGCAAACAGCGGGGUUGGCAGAGCGGUUAUACAGCUGUCUAAAGCUCAAGGUAUCAGAACCGUUAACAUUAUCAGAGAUAAAGAAGGAGCUGAGAAGGUUAAAGCUGAGUUGCUAUCUGUGGGGGGAGAUGCAGUGUUCACCUCUUCUCAAAGAGGUGAAAUAGAGGAGUUCUGUAGGGAGAACACCCCACGUUUAGCGCUGAACAUGGUCGGUGGUAGGGACACUGUCCAGCUGCUGAAGUGUUUGGGCGAGCAGAGCAGUCUUGUUACAUAUGGAGCUAUGAGUAACAGUCCCAUGUCGGUUCCGUUUGGGUUGCAGGUAUUUAAAGACAUUACACUCCACAGCUACUGGAUGACAAGGUGGACUAAUAAACAUGCCCGGACAGAGUCAGAGGAUGAGAUGUUUGGGAAGCUUGCGGAGUAUUUUCAGACAGGGGAGAUGGUUCCAACGCCCCAUAGGGAGAAUUCUUUUUAUGACUAUUCGGAUGCUCUUGAUAAUGCUUUCAAGUUGAAGCAGUUGUUUGUAGUCGAUAAGACUUUGGGUGAUUCUAGGUACCAAAAUUAA